AAAUGGAAUCCAUUUCUGAAUUAUCGCCUUUAUCAGCUGUCUCUCCUAUAGAUGGGAGGUACAGCAAGCAAUCUGAAUGCCUUAGACCAUAUUUCAGCGAAUAUGCUCUUAUCAAGCACAGAGUCCUGGUAGAAAUCAAAUGGUUUGAAUUCAUGAUUCAAAGAGGAAUUUUCACCCUAGAUUCUGAGGAUGACUACAAGCAAUUCUUAGAAGACAUCAUCAUCCAAUUUGACUGUGCAGAGGCCGAGAAAGUUAAGGAAAUUGAAGAUGAGACCAAACAUGAUGUGAAAGCAGUUGAGUAUUACCUUAAAGACAAAUUCGACUCUCAUGAAGCUCUGAAGAAAAAGAAAGAAUUCCUACACUUCACCUGAACUAGCGAAGAUAUAAACAACCUUAGUUAUGCUUUGAUGCUUAAGAACGCCGUUGAGGAAGUAAUGCUGCCCAAGUUGGAAGGCUUGAUUGAAAAGAUUAGAGAGAAAGCACAUGAGUAUGCAGAUAUCCCAAUGAUGAGCAGAACUCAUGGGCAAUCAGCCACUCCAACGACUGUUGGAAAAGAGCUUGCAAAUUUCGUCUUCAGAGUAAACAGACAGAUCAAAGUGAUCAAAGAAAUAAAACCUCUGGGAAAAUUUAAUGGAGCAGUCGGAAACUUCAAUGCUCAUGUGGUUACCUUCCCAGAUAUCGAUUGGGAGGAACUUGCUCAGAGCUUUGUUGAGAGCCUUGGAAUUGAGUACAACCCAUACUCAACACAAAUUGAGCCACAUGACUCUUUAGCUCAGAUCUCCAAUGCUUUCUCACUUGCUAAUACCAUUCUGAUUGAUUUUGCAAGAGAUAUGUGGGGAUAUAUCUCAUUGGCUUACUUCAAGCAGCAAACAGUCGCUGGAGAAGUAGGAUCAUCAACUAUGCCUCAUAAAGUGAAUCCUAUCAACUUUGAGAAUGGUGAGGGAAACCUAGGACUUGCAAACUCUGUAUUUGGAUUUUUCACCUCAAAAUUGCCAAUUAGUCGAUUCCAAAGAGACUUAAGUGAUUCUACAGUGAUGAGGAACAUUGGAGUUGCUUUUGCUUACUCUAUUGGGGCAUAUACUGCUCUAGGAAGAGGUCUAGCUAGGAUUGAAGUAAAUAAAGAAACAGUCUUAGAAGAAUUAGACUCUCAUUAUGAACUCUUAGCAGAAGUAGUCCAAACAGUGAUGAGAAAGUACGAGUUGGAGAACCCUUACGAAAAGCUCAAAGAAUUCACAAGAGGAAAGACUGUAACCCAGGAAGACUUUACCAAAUUUAUAGACUCUUUAUCUCUCCCUGAGGAUGAAAAGGAGAAGUUGUUGUCACUUACUCCUUCCAAAUAUGUUGGAUUGGCAGGCAAACUUGCAAAGCAGGUGUAAUCAUUGAAACGCAUAUCUCAAUAAUUUUUUCCAAAUA